AUGUCACGUUUUGGGUGGGUGCGAGAGGCGAUUGGUGUGCUAGUUGAAAGAAAAUUUUUCCCAAGUUCACUAGAAUUCCUGUCUCAUUCCCUCAUUCAAUUAAGAAAUCUGUUUUUGGUGAAUCAAACUGCAAUAGAAAUUUGCCUGUGUAUGCUCGCAACGAUGAACGGGCAGACUCAGGCCGGGCUUCCUAACGCCGCGAAAGUUGCUCAAAGACAACACUGCUACCUCUGCGACCUACCCAGAUGGCCUUGGGCCAUGUGUACGGACUAUGUCGAGCCCGUAUGUCGCGGAUGCGUCAAUUAUGAGGGAGCCGAUAGAAUCGAAAAUGUGAUCGAACACGCACGCAAUAUGAAAAGAGUGCAUGGUUUUCCUAUCAGUGAUGUGCCAUCAACACGACAACCACAGAAGGAACUUCCGCAACCGUCAACGACGACAGCUGGAAGACUUAGCCCGCAGAGAGUAAUCCCUGUACCUCCGCAACCCCAUGUCCCUCAACUUCCAUCCCAACUUGCACAAAUCACUGAUGUCCUAGCCCAGCAACAAAGGCUAUUUUCCUUGGCACGUGGCCAGGGUGCAGGUCUCUCCGUUGAGGAUAUUGCCAUGCUACAACAGCUUCGAACCCCAUUAAAUACACAACUCUUGCAUCCAGCCGUCCAAAUGGGAUUUCAAUCCCAGCUUAUGAAUGGAAUCUUGCCGGCUGGUUUGAAUGCCGUGAUGAAUAACAGGAAACGAGAGCAUGACGAUGAUGUGAAACCCGAAUUGUUUGGCAAAGUUCAACGAGGUGAUGCACAGACUACGUCCGUCUCACCGACCUCCACACACAGUCCCGAUCAUCCCGAUACGAAUGCCGAGAGAAGACGGUUCACUGCCACUGGAGAACGAGUGCUUCGCUGCACGUUGUGCAAUCAAAGGCUGGAGGACACGCACUUCGUACAGUGCCCUAGUGUACCGGCUCACAAGUUCUGUUUCCCCUGCUCUCGCACAUCGAUCAAAAAACAAUGCACAGGACAGGACCUCUACUGCCCAUCCGGAGAGAAAUGCCCGCUUGUCAGCAGCGUUAUGCCAUGGGCGUUCAUGCAAAGUGAAAUCGCCACCAUACUAGGCGAGGAAUACGAAGAGUUCAAGAGGCAGAGAGAAGCCGCCGGUCUAGGCGCACCUGGAGCUACAACUCAGCAACAGCAACAGAACACACAGCAGCCAGCCCAGCAAUCAUCACCUGCUUCAACCACGACAUCAAACGCCUCCUCGUCAUCGGUUGCAACCACCCCCAACAUGAUGGUGAACUAACCCCGCGGGACGUUCCCCCAAGCGUCAAUCGUCUCAGCUUUUGUCAUCAGCCUUAUAGGCUUUCCCGAACAAUUGCUAAUGCCCUCGUGUUGUGUAUAUAUCCCACAUAUUGUGUGUUCUGUCUUGCACUGACAACCAAGUCCACAUCUCCCAAAAGCAGCGCGCCCAAAUGUGAUCCUCUCGCGCACCCCCCCCCCCCCCUCACAGACAGUGUGUGGCCAGAAUGCUCCUAUUCCUUGCUUACUUUUCGUUGUUACUCUUCGAUCUCCCUCCAACAAGUGCAUGUGGGACGCCCCUCUCGCGAGUCCUUUUAUGAUUUCUUUUGAAUGCUUUUUGUUUCGCUCCCGCGUAUCAAUUCUACAUGUCGCAAAUGCGCGAAUAUAUUUUUGUGUGAUAUUUCAUAGUUUACCGUGUGUGACCUCGCUGUCGUUAUGUGUAUCACAAGUAGUGUGUUGUCAUCUGAUCAAUUUCUUCUACACGGAGUAUGUAGGCCACGAUUUCUCCCGUUUUGUCGUUGUAUCCAGCUUAGAACCAUGGUUUUUCUAAUAAGUAGCUUGGUUUAUUUUUACUAGCGCCAUCAAACUCCUUGUCGUCUUCCUUUUUCAGAUUUUUCAUUGACAUUUCUGGAUUUUGCUCCAAAAAUUCAUAUGUAUCUGAUCAAAACAAGGAGCGCUGAGCAGUAGUCAUAGUUUGUUCUGUUAUCAGCACAAAUACUUGAGUGUCGGUUUCUGUAACCAACCGAACUAUGGGAUUACGGUUUUCUCUUUGCAGCGAUGUUUUCUUUUUUUUUUCAUAUUUGAAAUACAAUAAACAAAUUCAUAUG